AUGAGAUCAAGUAUUAUUCUACUCAGUCUACUAGUGCUUGCAUUCACCAGUCAUUCUGCUGCUGCUAAAAAACAUCCUCUGGAUUCUCUGUCAGCCUCUGAAAUCAACCAUGUUCGUAAACUAGUCCUUAAGUCUAAGCUAGGUCUCCACAAGAACAUAAGCUUCCAAUAUGUGGCACUGGAAGCACCAGAGAAGGAGGCUUUGUAUGAAUGGAAAUAUGGGUCAUCUUCCCUACCUCCUAGAAAAGCUACUGUGAUUGCAAGAAUCCCAGGAGAAACCCACCAGAUUCUUGUAGAUAUCACAUCAAAAGAAGUUGUCUAUGAUGAAGUCUAUCAUGGAUUCGGGUACCCCAUAUUCACAUCAGAGGAGCAAGUAAUAGAAGUAAGACCAGAAGUAACAUUAGUGGUGAGAAUGGUUGCCACAGUGGGAAAUUAUGAUUACAUUCUUGACUGGGAAUUCAAGAAAAAUGGAGCGAUUCGUGGCAAUGUGGGACUCUCAGGAAUCCUCGAGUAUAAAGCCACAAGCUACACACACCUUGACCAAAUUCAAAAAACAAAUGAAGAUAUAUAUGGAAAUUUACUAGAAGAGAACAAAAUUGGCACAUUCCAUGAUCAUUUUCUCACAUUCUAUUUGGAUAUGGAUGUGGAUGGCGUUGAAAAUUCAUUUGUGAAAGCCAUGAUAAAGAGGAAGGAUGUUACAAAUAGUAAAUCUCCAAGAAAGAGUUAUUGGACAAUUGAAAAAAUGGUUGCCAAGAUAGAAGAUGAUGCUAAAAUCCAAUUUGAUUGGAAAAAACUAGCAGAUCUACUAGUUAUCAAUCCCAACAAAAAGAGUAAAGUUGGUCAAGAUAUCGCAUACAGAUUGGCUACCGGAUCAAUUGCAACAAGUCUUCUAUCACUAGAUGACUAUCCACAAAUACGAGCAGCUUUUACCAAUAACCAAGUGUGGGUUAGUCGAUAUAAUCAUACUGAGCAAUGGGCUGGUGGAGAUUACAUGGAUCAAAGUCAUGGAGAUGACACAUUAGCAGUGUGGACAAACAAGAAUCGAGAUAUUGAGAACAAGGACAUAGUGUUGUGGUAUACUAUGGGUAUCCACCAUAUUCCAUAUCAAGAGGAUUUUCCGGUGAUGCCAACACUAUCAGAAGGAUUUGAGUUAAAGCCAACAAAUUUCUUUGAAAGAAACCCAAUUUUAAAAUUAGAAUCUAUGAAUGCAUCAUCAUUGCCUAAAUGUAAAAAGGCUAGUUAGUGCAUACAGUCCUUAAGAUGCAUAAAUAAGAUGGAC